GAGUAGAGCUGUUUGUCAUUUUUCGUUUGCAUCCCCUCCUGCAAUCUCCCAAGCGAUCCCAAAUUCUUGCAGAACCCUAAAUUUCCAAUUCCCGAGAAAUGAAGAGGGCAUCGGAGGACGUCGUAGACAAAGUGGAUGGAGCUAAGAAGCCUGUAUUUCUCACGAAAGAGGAACGUCAAAAGCUUGCCCUCCAACGCCGCCAGGAAGAAGUAGCCCAGCAGAAACGACGCGCCGAGCUUCUUCUCCAGGCUAAUAAUGGUCAGGAUUCUAAACCCCACUCCUCGGCUGAAAGAGACCGUGAACGAGACAGAGACCGCGACCGGGACCGGGACCGGGACCGGGACCGCGAUACUGAGCGUCGGAACCGGGACAGGGACAGGGAGCGGGAAAGGGAAAGGGAAAGGGAGAGGGAACGGGAGCGGGAGCGGGAGCGUGAUUCCGAACGUCGGAACCGUGAGAAAGAACGUGAGGAUGAGCAGAGGGCGCGGGAUCGUGCCCGCGUGGAGAAACUGGCCGAGAGGGAGCGUGAAAUUGAGCUUGCUGCUAUAAAGGAGCAGUAUUUGGGUUCCAAGAAACCUAAGAAGAGGGUGAUUAAGCCAAGUGAGAAAUUUCGAUUCUCCUUUGAUUGGGAGAAUACUGAGGACACCUCUCGUGACAUGAACUCCCUCUACCAAAACCCACACGAGGCUCGGCUCCUCUUUGGCCGAGGCUUCCGAGCUGGAAUGGACCGUAGGGAGCAGAAAAAACUUGCUGCCAAGAAUGAGAAGGAGCUUCGUGAUGAGAUUCGCAAGAAGGAAGGCGUCGAGGAGACUCACGAGGAAGCUGCUGCGCAGAAGAAGAAGGAGCAGGCGGCUGAAAAGUAUGAUACCUUUGAUAUGAGGGUGGAUCGUCAUUGGUCUGAGAAGAAGCUUGAGGAAAUGACUGAGAGGGACUGGAGAAUUUUCAGGGAAGAUUUUAACAUUUCUUACAAGGGUUCCAGGAUUCCUCGCCCCAUGAGGAGCUGGGCUGAGAGCAAGUUGGGUCCGGAGUUGCUGAAGGCUGUUGAGAGGGCUGGCUACAAGACUCCAUCGCCCAUUCAGAUGGCUGCCAUCCCUCUUGGCCUACAGCAGCGUGAUGUGAUUGGUAUUGCCGAGACAGGUUCAGGUAAAACUGCUGCUUUUGUUCUUCCUAUGUUGACUUACAUAACUAGACUUCCUCCUAUAAGUGAGGAGAAUGAAGCUGAAGGCCCCUAUGCUGUUGUGAUGGCACCUACAAGAGAGCUUGCACAGCAGAUUGAGGAUGAGACUGUAAAAUUUGCUCAUUAUUUGGGAAUAAAGGUUGUGUCCAUUGUUGGUGGGCAAUCCAUAGAAGAACAAGGCUUUAGGAUUAGGCAGGGUUGUGAGGUUGUCAUUGCUACACCAGGACGACUUCUUGAUUGUUUGGAGAGGAGGUAUGCGGUUCUUAACCAGUGCAAUUAUGUUGUUCUUGAUGAGGCUGACCGUAUGAUUGAUAUGGGUUUUGAACCACAAGUUGUUGGUGUAUUAGAUGCAAUGCCUUCGAGCAACUUGAAACCAGAGAAUGAAGAUGAAGAGCUUGAUGAGAAAAGGAUUUACAGAACCACUUAUAUGUUUAGUGCUACUAUGCCGCCUGCUGUGGAGAGGUUGGCAAGGAAGUACUUGAGAAAUCCAGUUGUCGUCAAUAUUGGCACUGCAGGAAAGGCAACUGAUCUUAUUACCCAACAUGUUAUUAUGACGAAGGAGAAUGAUAAAAUGGAUAGAUUGAAGAGAUUGCUAGAUGAACUAGGUGAUAAGACAGCUAUUGUGUUUGUUAACACUAAGAAAGUUGCUGACAAUGUUGCUAAAACUUUGGAUAAAGAGGGUUACCGUGUAACUACAUUGCAUGGUGGGAAGUCUCAAGAACAGAGAGAAAUAAGCCUUGAAGGUUUUAGGACAAAGAGAUAUAAUGUGUUGGUUGCAACUGAUGUUGCUGGACGAGGUAUUGAUAUACCUGAUGUGGCACAUGUCAUCAACUAUGACAUGCCUGGUAACAUUGAAGCAUACACUCAUCGUAUUGGAAGAACAGGUCGUGCUGGGAAGACUGGUGUGGCUACAACAUUCUUGACUCUGCAUGAUACAGAAGUCUUCUAUGAUCUCAAGCAAAUGCUAAUGCAAAGCAACAGUCCUGUCCCCCCAGAGCUUGCGAGACAUGAGGCGUCAAAGUUUAAGCCCGGGUCAAUUCCGGAUAGACCACCCAGGCGGAAUGACACAGUGUUUGCUCAUUGAUAAUGAAAGAUUGAUGAAUUUCUUCUUUGCAACAUUUUGAGGGUCCCCAAAUUAAGCAGGCCAAAAAGUGGUUGAAAUUAGAGAGACAAGUGCUGAAAAGACCAUCUUGGGUGUGGGAAAUCGCUCUAGCAGUUAGAUUUGGUGUAACUCCCAUGCUUUUGAACCUCCUUAGUUUACAAGUGAAUCCUUCCAUCUUGUGUUGCAUAUGUGUAAUUUGACCUGUCCUUAUUGUACCUUUAGUCUGUCGCCUAUUAGAUGUUUCACUAAGGCCACUUUAUUUGAUGGAUACAAAAUGUAUGAAGUUUAUUUUAUAUGAAUGGUCGAUAUUUUAGGUUAUUACUGCACGGUAUUUGGGAAGGUAGUCUUUCCAAAUGUUCUUGAUCAACUAUUUUCUGUUACUCUGGACUAGCUGAACAAUGAUAUAACUCAAGAAUAGCUUUCUGA